AUGUCCAACGACUCAACGGGGGACUGCCUCGACCUGAACACAGAACUAUGGGCAUAUCGAGGGGAUCUGACGACACUUCCGAUUACGCAGGCAAUAUUCGCUGCCCUCUACACGGUCAUCAUCAUUUGUGGGAUUGUUGGGAACAGCUGUGUGAUACUCGCCAUAUCGAGGAAUAAAUCCCUCCAAACAGUGCCAAAUCUGUUCAUCUUGUCGUUAUCAUGUUCUGACGUGUUAGUGUGCUGUGUAUCAGCCACGAUAACCCCGAUCACCGCCUUCAACAAGGAGUGGCUGUUCGGGGCGCAUUUGUGUCGGGUGGCGCCGUGGAUGGCGGGUAUCACUCUCGUCUUUUCCACCUUCACCCUGACAGCAAUCUCCGUGGAUCGCUAUAUGCUUAUCAGGCAUCCCAUGAAGAAGCCGAUGACAAAAAAUCAAGCGUUAAUGGUGAUUGGGGGCAUCGCCUCGUUUGCCGCCUUCAUCUCCCUGCCGACAAUGCUCAAGCAGCGAUUAGGGCCAUUUGAAGGUUUUUGCGGGCAGUACUGCACUGAGAUCUGGACGGUGAUGGACGAUGAGGGAGCAGGAGAAAGAGAACGGAAAGUCUACAGCGCCGUCCUCUUGAUUGUCCAGUUUGUGAUACCUCUAACCGUCAUUAUCCUUUCCUACACCGCAAUUUCAUUGCGAAUCGGGCAGAGCAUGAUUCUGAAGAGCACUCAGAAGAAUGGCUCUGACUGUAACUGGGAGGCAAAUUUAACCGAUCAGCAGCGGAUGGCGUUGAAGAGAAGGCAACGCACAAACCGGAUGUUGAUCGCUAUGGUGGUCGCGUUUUCAGCGAGCUGGUUUUGGUCAAUGGCGUACAACGUACUCCGUGAUUACGACUAUUUGCCAGCACCGAUGAGGCAGCAAGAGUAUCUCUUCGGAAUUGGAACUCAUUGUAUUGCGAUGACGUCGACGAUCUGGAACCCAGUCCUCUACGCCAUGCUCAACCUGCAGCUCCGACAAGCCUUCAUCCGUCUCCUCCCCGAGCGUCUCCGCGGUCGCUUCUCAACUGAGGGGGAUAUGGAGAAGACGUGCCCCCUCAUCACCAACAAUAACGGCAACCAUGCGAGCCAUCUGGACCAUAGAAGCGGCUCGACCAGGCUGAAAAACUCACACUGGGAGUGCCCUCCACAGCGGACGGGGGAUCCGUUG